AAAUAUAUACGCAUGAAAUUCUAAAAAAUACAUAAAAAUAUUUAACUAAAUGAUUACUAAGAAUAGUAGUAAGCGGAUCGCGGGAUGUGGAUCUGAUGUAAGCGUAUCAAUCUUACCCUUUUUCUUGUUUUUUUGACACAUUUGGAAGUUAUUCAACAAUAAUUUGUGUAGGAUCAUGAUGAGAUUGGUUUAGUCCCUAAAUGGAUGUUAUUGCCGAUUGUCGACAUUCCAGUUCCACUUAAUUUUAAACUUAAUUUGAUAAAAAAUUUUAAAUAACAACAAGUAAGAAAUUUAUCUUCAGCCGUGACCGAAUCUGUUACACCCUUCACCGUGAUGCUAAACAAGAGGAAAAGAACUAAAUUGUCCUACUCCAUAAUAUUAAGCGUGCGCGGCUGAUUUUUCUAUUUUCCGAAUGAAAGUCAAAAUUUAUUUGGCGUAUGUGUUGUACAUUAUGAGUAAAAAGCAUGAAACCCGGGAAACAAAGGUCGUUUUUGUCAAAGCGUUUCCAACACCCAGAAGGAAGCUUGUAAAACUCCAUAAACGUCCAAAUGCACACACAUCUUAUAAAACAUACAAAGCUUAUAGAGUGUAUACCACUGCCGACCAAUCUCUUUACCACUGUCGAUUCGGUAUUCACCUAGACGUGCCCGUUUGGGGGUUGUCCAUCUUUUCGUCUGUCCGUUUGUUCGUUUGCCUAACUGCGUAGCAUUUGCAGUAAAUUUUCUCCGCUACGCAAAAAUGAACAUAUAGCCCAUAAAUUUGCUAAAAUAUUUCAAAAUGACUUAAACCGGUAAAAGGGUAGACUUAGAACGCACCAAAAUCUGAACACUUGCUUCAACAGGUACACGUAACAUCAAUUUCUGCCUUCAUUGUACAAAAAUAGAUUAAAUCUGCUACGUCCGCCCAACAUUAUAGACUAUAAAAAUUUAUUUUUUUGUUUCUUUUAGUCUUUUUUAGGAUAACGGUGAUGGAUAUAAAAGAUUCGCUCACAACCGAAUAUAAUUGUCUUACUUGUAUAUUAUUGGAGAGGUUAUGUUGAAUUUGGGCAAGAUUUGAACUAUUGGAAUGACAGUUAAGUUCUGUCGAUUUUGUCCAUUAAACUCUGGUAGUUUGACAUGAACUACAGUUACGUGUGACUCCGAGGUAUCUUAUCUAAAGAAUUAUGAAAUAGUUCGGAAUAGUUCAAGCGUUCACUGCAGGAAAACUGCGCACUUAAACGAUGGCAUCUAAUCAGGUGAACUCAAUAGAGUCCUUGCUACUACCUUGUUAUAACCACUUCCUCCACCUUUCAAGUACUAUGAAGCAUUUGGCAGAAAUUGAUCACGCCAUGCACCUAACAUUCACGCGGGAUACGUUUUUGUUUAAUCUCGUUCUCGAGCUGCAUUUCACUUUCGAUUUUCUAGAUUUGUUUUACAUUCAUUAGUCUUGGGACUUCAUCCAAGAAGGAAAAAGAAAACUAAACAACCUGAAUUUCUUCUUUUUCUUCAGUCACUUGGUAGCUUUAUGAGGGAGCGCUUUCGUGCGAUCGUAUGGUUUAAGUACUUUGGCAGUUGUGAACAAAUUGCCAAAUUCAGUUUGCAGCCAAUAUAAAUAUCUUUAUCGGCACUGAACGUAACCCAAGUCCAUUCGUGAUAAAAAAUAUUUUUUAAAUUUAAGAAAAAUAAGCAUGUUUAGAUCUUAGAAAAACAUAAUUUUUCUUCAUUAGCCCUUGAUAGAUGGCGAACAGCCAGGGAUCUGAUUCAAGUCAAGUAUUGUUUCUCUCUUAUUUUAAAUGUAAUUUUUUAUUAAAUUAAGAAUAAAAUUGCUUCGUCAAAAAAAAAGCCGCAGAGAAAAAUUACCAUUUAAAAAUUUAUCCUUGCGGGCUGAGAAAACAUUGCCUAAGAUGGUCAAGAUGCAGCUGUUUUUAAAUCUGGCAUUAAUAACGUCAAUGUUUACGUUCAAUCUAAUGCAACUAAUUGAAGCAGCUCUUUACAAAGAUGACCCUUGCUAUACGAAAUCUGAAGUUGGUUUAUGUAAGCCUUGGGCAGAAUGUCCAACAAUUAAGAACUUGCUUGAAAGCGGUGCAUAUAAACUAGAGGAAGUAGAGAAUUGUGGUUACGAAGUUAAGGAGGAGAUAAUAUGCUGCCCUAAGCUGAAAACGGAUGUCAAGAUAUCUGAUACCACUGAUCGUACGGGUGUAACUAUAAGACGGACUAACAUUUCAGAGAGUGGCAACAGCGAAAGAGCGGCGGUAAGAGCCUGUAAGAAACUGGAAACUCGUGAACAACCUGCUCACUUGACUCCUCACAUAUUGGAAGGUGUGCCAGCUGCAUUAGGCGAAUUUCCACAUAUGGCCGGGAUAGGUUAUAGUCGCAGCAUCGGCGACGAUAGCCCCCCUUACAUUGUACGUUGCGGUGGUGCUCUCAUCAGUGCACGAUUUGUACUUACAGCUGCUCAUUGCGUUGCGUCAAGGGAUAACGUUCCGAAAGCUGUUGUUUUGGGUGUGGUAAAUUUUAAUGACCCUGAAGAAAUGAGUGCAGCGCUGCAAAUUAAAAUAAAGGAAACUCAUAUACAUGACAAUUAUACAUCAAGUACCACCUACAAUGAUAUUGCGUUGCUUGAGCUCGAACAGGACGCAGAAUAUUCAGCAUUCGUUUAUCCUUCUUGUUUACAUAUCGACGAAAAUGAUCCUUCAGAAAGUGAAACUCUUCUCGUGACCGGUUGGGGCACCGUUAAUACUGCGACUCGUGCCUCCUCUGACAUCUUACUGAAGGUUAGUUUGGAUAUAAAACCUUUAGCGAGCUGCAACGAAAUUUUUGCGAAGUAUGGUUCAGAUCGUCGUCUGACCCAAGGUGUUGUCAAAACAUUACUAUGCGCAGGAGAUAAGGAAGCCAAAAAAGAUGCAUGCUCCGGGGAUUCCGGUGGCCCUUUGAAUUUAGUGAUAGAUGAAUCUUAUCGUCAGUAUCGCAUCGUCGGCAUAGUAUCGUCCGGUUUCGGUUGUGGUACUUCAAUACCAGGUUUAUAUACUAGAGUAGCGUUAUUUCUUGAUUAUAUUGAAAAAAUUGUAUGGCCAGAUGGUGUGGUUUAAAGAUUCGCAUGACGCAUAAAACAAGAUUGAAAAUAUAUGCUUAAUAAUAAAAAUAUAUAUUUUUUUUG